AAGCCUUACAAUUCCCACGCACGCAACUCGAAGCUCAAAACCCUGAAAGACUACUUCGGUUUUUGUUUCAAACUCGAGAACCCUCUCUUCUCCUUAAACCCCUCAAGGGUUUUCUUCCUUCUUUGCAUCACUCGUGACUCUCCUACUUUCAAGUACACAAAUAGAUAGAUAAGAGGAAGCCCAAAAAAAUCUUCUCUCUUUCUAAGACCUGCUGCUUCUACUCGCUCUAGCUCUAGCUCUAGCUCCACCUCUCUAAUGGCUCCAGUUCUAAGCAGAAGCUUGGCUACUUCUGCCUCUUUAAUCUCCCUUUCCUCUUCCAUUAGACAUCCAAAUAAUAAAGUCUUCAAUCUCAGAAGUGUUUUCUUGCCACAAAAUAAUGGUCUCAGAAAGGGUUUUUCUUGUUCUGGCUUAAAAUGGAAACCUGAGAAGAGAUGUGACCAGGUUUCGGUUAGGUGUAAGGCUGCUGUGGCUGAGAAGGAAUCUACUGAUACCUCGGGCGAGAAAUUUGAGUACCAAGCUGAGGUUAGUCGACUGCUGGAUUUGAUAGUUCACAGUCUGUACAGCCACAAGGAAGUCUUCCUGAGAGAGCUUGUGAGCAAUGCAAGUGAUGCUUUAGAUAAGUUGAGAUUCUUAAGUGUGACUGAACCCUCUUUGCUUGGAGAUGCUGGUGACCUUGAGAUACGCAUCAGAUCUGAUCCAGACAAUGGCAUCAUUACCAUAACAGAUACUGGCAUUGGGAUGACGAAAGAGGAGUUAGUUGACUGCCUUGGAACUAUUGCUCAGAGUGGCACUUCAAAAUUCCUCAAGGCUCUUAAGGAAAACAAAGAUGUUGGGGCAGACAAUGAUUUGAUUGGCCAAUUUGGUGUUGGUUUCUAUUCUGCUUUCCUUGUAUCUGAGAAGGUUGUUGUGUCUACAAAGAGCCCAAAGUCAGAUAAGCAAUAUGUUUGGGAAUCAGAAGCUGACAGUAGCUCAUAUGUCAUCAAGGAAGAAACUGACCCCGAAAAGAUCCUGCGUCGUGGUACUGAAAUCACACUUUAUUUAAAGGAAGAUGACAAGUAUGAAUUCUCAGACGCUCUCAGAAUCCAGGGGUUGGUGAAGAAUUACUCUCAGUUUGUUGCUUUCCCCAUCUAUACAUGGGUUGAAAAAUCAAGGACUGUUGAGGUUGAAGAGGAGGAAGAACCAAAAGGAGAAGAGGUGCCAGAGGGUGAGAAGAAGAAAACAAAGAAAACUAAAACUGAGAAGUAUUGGGAUUGGGAAUUAGCCAACGAAACAAAACCAAUUUGGAUGAGGAAUCCAAAGGAAGUUGAAAAGGAUGAGUAUCAGGAGUUCUACAAGAAGACAUUUAAUGAAUUCUUGGAUCCACUUGCAUACACACACUUUACCACAGAGGGAGAAGUUGAGUUUAGGAGUGUUCUAUACAUUCCAGGAAUGGGACCUCUUAACAACGAGGAAGUAAUAAAUCCAAAAACCAAGAACAUUCGCUUACAUGUGAAGCGGGUUUUUAUCUCAGAUGAUUUUGAUGGGGAGCUGUUCCCACGAUAUUUAAGCUUUGUGAGGGGUGUGGUGGACUCUGAUGAUCUUCCUCUUAAUGUUUCUCGAGAGAUUCUCCAAGAGAGUCGGAUUGUAAGGAUUAUGAGAAAACGACUUGUUAGGAAAGCAUUCGACAUGGUUCAAGAUCUUUCUGAAAGUGAAAACAAAGAGGAUUACAAAAAAUUCUGGGAGAACUUUGGCAAGUUUCUGAAAUUAGGAUGUGUUGAAGACUCUGGUAAUCACAAGCGCAUAACUCCGCUUUUGCGGUUCUACACUUCCAAAAGCGAGGAAGAACUCACAAGCCUAGAUGAAUAUGUUGAAAAUAUGGGAGAAAACCAGAAGGCUAUCUAUUACUUGGCAACAGACAGCUUGAAAAGUGCCAAGAGUGCGCCCUUCUUGGAGAAGUUGGUUCAAAAGGACAUUGAGGUCCUUUAUUUAAUAGAGCCAAUUGAUGAAGUUGCCAUCCAGAACCUGCAAACCUACAAAGAGAAGAAACUUGUUGAUAUCAGCAAGGAAGAUCUAGAACUCGGUGAUGAUGAUGAGGUCAAAGAUAGGGAAACUAAACAAGAAUUCAAUCUCCUAUGUGAUUGGAUUAAGCAGCAACUUGGUGAAAAGGUGGCCAAAGUCCAAGUUUCAAAGCGUCUGAGCUCUUCUCCCUGUGUGCUUGUCUCUGGCAAGUUUGGUUGGUCUGCGAACAUGGAAAGGUUGAUGAAAGCGCAAACCCUUGGGGAUCAAUCUAGCUUGGAGUUCAUGAGGGGAAGGAGAAUACUGGAGAUUAACCCAGAUCACCCAAUCAUUAAAGAUAUGAAUGCUGCUUGCAAGAAUGCACCUGACAGCGAUGAUGCCAAGAGAGCUGUUGACCUCCUAUAUGACACAGCGUUGAUCUCCAGUGGAUUCACUCCCGACAGCCCAGCUGAGCUGGGUGGUAAAAUAUAUGAGAUGAUGGCCAUGGCACUUGGAGGGAGAUGGGGUAGAUCAGAUGGAGACAAAGAAGUGGCAGCAGAGGGCAAUGCUGCAGAAUCUGAUGCGAAUGCCAGUGAGGUCUCAGAGCCACAAGUAAUUGAACCAUCAGAAGUGAGGACGGAGAGUGAUCCAUGGCAAGAUUGAUUCUUAUAUUGACACGGAAAGUUAGGCAUUAUUUAUUUUACCCUCGAAGGGGAAUAAUGCAAACAAAAGAGAGAAGUGGGGUGAACUGGAGAGAGGCAGGUGCUGAUAAACUCAUGACAGGAAAAUACUCGUUGGAGUUGGCUUGUAGGUUUUGGAUCUUUAUAGGAUUAUCGUUUCAUGGUUCAAAAUAAUUUUUGUAAUUGCUUUUUUACCCUGCUCGGCUUGAUAAACAAUAGCAGGAGUAGUUGGAUGGGUGAUAAUGGCGUAUUUUUUUGAUCUCCC